UGGAGCUCCACGUAAAUACGUGGUUUCAUACUCACACCAGGAUACCUGGGACUCUUCUGUAGCUGCCGCUGUAUCCGCUUCUGGAAAACCACCUGGUCCACAGCUGGAGGAGGGAAAUGCAGAUGAGCGUCUGACUUUAAUUACAAAAAUAAAGCUGAAUGAGCACCAGAAGGCAGCGCAGAUGCGGAGAGUUUCAGCAGAGAUCUUCAUCCUCGUCGGAGAAAAGCACCAGAAUGGCUUCAGAGUUUUACAGCCUCACAGCCAAGCUGUUGAACGGAGAGGUGUUUCACUUCUCGUCUCUUCAGGGCAACGUUGUCCUGAUUGAGAAUGUUGCAUCUCUCUGAGGUGUGACCGUCAGGGAAUACACCCAGAUGAACGAGCUCCACGAGAAGUACUCUGCUCAGGGGCUUGUGAUCCUGGGAGUGCCCUGCAACCAGUUCGGCUAUCAGGAGAACAGCGAGAAUGAAGAAAUCCUGCUGUCUCUGAAGUACGUCCGUCCUGGAAAUGGCUUUGCGCCAAAGUUCCAGCUCCUGGAGAAGGUGAAUGUGAAUGGGAAGGGCGCCGAUCCCCUGUUUGUGUUCCUGAAGGAGCAGCUUCCAGCCCCCAGUGACGACCCUUCACCCCUGAUGAAUGACCCCAAGUACAUCAUCUGGAGCCCGGUGAGCAGGAGCGACGUGUCCUGGAACUUUGAGAAGUUCCUCAUCGGUCAGGACGGGGUGCCUUUCAAGCGUUACAGCAGGAAGUUCCCCACCAUUGAUAUCGAAGGAGACAUCAAGAAGCUCCUCAACCAGGCCAAGUAGCCGGGAGUCCUCUGGCUGCAGAUCAGCAUCCCUCUGUAUACCAAACACACCCUGUGCUCUCUUGUGUGUGAUGGCUGUGUUGUGGUUUUUACUAAAUGAAGACAUCCUCUGAAACCGAGCUGUGAGGAGGAUGUCUGAAGAAAUGUAAAAGGUGCAACCGUCACAGCUCCAUCACGUGUCCGUACAGCACUGUUGUUGUGGUGUGUGGAUCAAUAAACAUGUUUUUAAUCAAA